GUCCUACGCUUGUUGUCUCUCACUGACCACCAUAUAUACCUUUUCUAACCAUUACUGAAUUGCAAAAGAAACCAGAACCAAAUCUCUCUCCUCCAAUCUCUAUCUCACCCAAUCACCUUCUCCAUUCUCCGGCGACCAAACCCAUUUUCCGGCAUGGCAUCUUCACCCUUAGUGUUCAAGGUUCGAAGGCUUGAACCGGAGCUGGUCAUACCGGCUAAACCAACACCCCGUGAAUUCAAGUAUCUCUCAGACAUUGACGACCAAGAGGGUCUACGGUUCCAAAUUCCGGUGAUACAGUUCUACCGAAACGAACCAGCUAUGAGAGGGAUAGACCCAGUGAAGGUCAUAAGGAAGGCAAUAGCGGAAGCUCUUGUGUUUUACUAUCCAUUUGCCGGUAGGCUUAGGGAAGUGCAUGGCCGGAAGCUUGUGGUGGAGUGCACCGGCGAGGGUAUCGUGUUCAUCGAGGCCGACGCUGAUGUGAUGCUAGACCAGUUCGGAGAUGCUCUGCAACCACCAUUCCCAUGCUUGGAAGAGCUACUCUACAACGUUCCUGGAUCGGGUGAUGUCGUUGGCUCCCCAGUCGUACUGGUUCAGGUGACCCGUCUGAUGUGUGGUGGAUUCAUCUUCGCUCUCCGGUUGAACCACACCAUGAGCGACGCAGCUGGUUUGGUCCAGUUCAUGUCAGCCGUGGCUGAAAUGGCACGUGGCGCACAAGCUCCAUCUGUGCUGCCCGUGUGGGAAAGGGAGCUCCUCAACGCAAGGGACCCACAUCCAUCAGGUGUGACCUUCUUACACCGCGAGUACGAUCAAGUACCUGAAACCAAGGGCACACUCAGCAUCCCUCUCGAUGACAUGGCCCAACGCUCUUUCUUCUUCGGUCCCGCUGAGGUGGCAGCUUUGCGAAAGCAUGUGCCUUCGCAUUUACAAAAUUGUUCCACGUUUGAGGUGUUGACGGCGUGCCUAUGGCGAUGCCGCACAAUCGCUAUCCAACCCGACCCGGACGAGGACAUGCGUUUGAUUAGCCUCGUAACGACACGUUUCAAAUUCCAACAACCACUGCCGAUUGGUUACUAUGGCAACACGUUUGCUUUAACGUUAGCAGUGUCGACGGCAGCGAAACUGUGUGAAAAUCCGUUAGGGUACGCAUUAGAAUUGGUGAAGAAAGCGAAAGCCGAGGUGACGGAGGAGUAUAUGAGAUCAACGGCAAAUCUAAUGGUGAUGAAGGGGCGGCCCCAUUUUGGAGUUGUGAGGACCUAUGUGGUUUCAGAUUUGACACGUGCGGGAUUCAGAGACGUUGAUUUUGGGUGGGGAAAAGCGGUAUACGGUGGGGCAGCCAAGGGGGGUAUAGGAACAAUGCCUGAGCUGCUGAGCUUCUACAUACCGUACAGGAACCAUAAAGGGAAGAAUGGGAUUGUGGUGCCGGUUUGCUUGCCUAGGCCGGCGAUGGAGAGGCUUGUGAAAGAGAUUGAAAGAAUGAUGAAGGAACCUCCUGCGGAUCUGUUUGGUAAUACUACUAAAGCCUUUAUCAAAUCCUCUAUGUAAAUUAAUGGCUUGGGGCUUGGGCCUUCGAAGAUAAAAGGGCACAUUUAGGGCUCUUCUUCUUCCUCCUACUUUGAGUAGAGUAGCAUGUAUAUAUUCUAGUAUUCGAAAUCGAAUAGAAGUU